GUACUUGAUAGAAUUGGGUGAACGUACGUGUGUAUGGUGCUCAAGUGAUUGUGAUAUGUACAUGAGAUGUUAUUGCAUUAAUGUGAAUUAACUAUUAUGCAGAGUUGGCACUUGGUUUAUGGCGAGGUGAGUAUGUUUGUGGGGAUUCGAUUGUGUUGGCUGUUAGAUCGCAUGUUAGACUCGUCUGGGUACGCAUUGGCCUAGGUGGGGUUUAGGUUGUCUGAUUAUUGAGAUUUAUUCUCAUUGCUGUAGUGCAAACAAUUUCAGAUCCGCGAUCGUGAUUGAUUUGGAUAUGCUGCCAAGGUACCUCGGGGAUCGAGGACGGGUCAAGUUACCUCGUCUUUUGAGUGUUCCCCUUUUGUAAAGGAGUUAAGCUCACCGACCACCGUCCCCUUUUUGAUGAAUGUGGUUUGAAAAUGGGAACCGACAAUGAAAGAUCAGGUUCUGAGAUGGAGAAGAUGUUACUGCUUUACAAAAGUUUCAUGGCUAGGGUCACAAAAUUUGAUGAAGCGACAUCUGCAGGAAGCAGGUUUCUUGUCAGCUUUCAACAAGGGCUAGAAUUUGUUCGACGGCCUGCUUUAGACAGAAGUUCUAAUUUACUCAAGAAUAUUAUCAAAGCUAACGAAACAGAGAGGCUCACAUCAUACUUCAACGCUGGAUGUAUCCAUGCUAAUGAUGGGUCCCAGAGUUUGACAAAGUUACAUACUUGUGUUCUUGGUCUUCACAGCCUUGUGAAUACAGCCAAAACUAUACUGAUUGAACUUGAGGGUCUUCUAGAGGAUGUAAUCAAGGUCUUAGAAGCUGCGAAUGAGUAUUUAUUACCAUCUCAGGAUGAAGACAUUGAUGCUAGAUUGAUGGGGGAAGCGACUAAUGCUGACGAGGAGGAAACUGCAUCAUCUGAUUCUAGGAGACCUGAGCUCACGGAGUAUGCUACCAUGAUGGGUGUUAUUUACAGUAUGAUUAAACAAGACUUUGUCAUGCAGGAGAAGAUUGUCUCUGCUCUGAAUCUGAAGCUAUCAUCCGGAGAAUUAGAAACCUAUUGCACUAUAUGGUCUCUGCGUCCUUUCAUUGAUGAUGAAAUCAUGCAUCAGGCUUGGUCAUUCAUUCCUUGACCAUGUCCCUUAUGCAAAUUGUUGCCAUAUAACAUGUUUGUCGACCGAGGAAGGAUGUUGGGGACUAUCUAGAGGUGGCAAACAUGAGGGUCAACAGUACUUGGAUUCUUUCAGGUUCGGGUCAUUCCUGGUUCUGCCUCCUCAGCUCUAGAGUACGGGUUGGCUCUAGGGUUGAAGUCACCUGGGGUUUACCUUUCAUUGGAUAAAGGCCAGAUUUUACUCAGAUAUAUAGCUCAGUUGCAACUUUCUUCGGGUUUAUGAUAAUCCUGAGUUUGUUUUUUCGGAAGUGUCCAGUCAGAUCAGACAAUACUAGGAUUUGUAAAGCGUUAUAUAACUUUUCGUGUCAAAUCUAAGUUCUUUCUUCCAUAAAGUGGCAUUCCCCAA